UUGUGCUGCUGGCAGAAUACUAGUCACAGAAGUGUACGUAGCCUGAGCCGUUUUCUUCUGUUGACCAUAGACAGGUUUUAUGGACGUCAGUUGUACGACUAGUAUUCAGUGGGGCAAUUGACUUGCAUUUGCAAUAUGAAGAAUGGAAGAAGACGAUGUUACUAUCAGAGAGCAGAAUUUCCACAGCCAAGUUCGAGAGUACAUUAUUUGUUUCCUACUGUUUGCAGCACUCUACAUUGUGUCGUACUGCAUCAUCACCAGGUACAAGAGGAAAACAGAUGACCAGGAGGACGAAGACGCCAUCGUCAACAGAAUAUCACUGUACCUGUGCACCUUCACCCUGGCCAUGUCGGGUGGGGCUGUUCUCCUCCUGCCUUUCUCUAUCAUUAGCAAUGAGAUCCUGCUCUCCUUCCCCAAAAACUACUACAUUCAGUGGCUCAAUGGCUCCCUCAUCCAUGGCCUGUGGAAUCUGGUAUCGCUCUUCUCCAAUCUCUGCCUCUUCGUCCUGAUGCCGUUUGCCUAUUUCUUCCUGGAGUCCGAGGGAUUUGCUGGAUCAAAAAAGGGCAUUAAGUCACGGGUUCUAGAGACCUUUGUGAUGCUCUUCCUCCUCGGACUGCUCAUCUUAGGAAUAGUCUGGGUGGCGUCUGCGCUCAUCGACAAUGACGCAGCCAGUAUGGAGUCACUCUACGAUCUCUGGGAGUUCUACUUACCAUACCUCUACUCCUGUAUAUCUCUGAUGGGGGGACUGCUCCUCCUGAUGUGUACUCCUGUGGGCCUGUCCAGAAUGUUCACAGUCAUGGGCCAGUUACUAGUCAAACCAACCAUCCUGGAGGACCUGGAUGAGCAGAUUUACUGCGUUACUUUGCAAGAGGAAGCCCUUCAGAGGAGAUUGAACGGGUCGACAUCUCACUCUCAUUUCCAAGGAAGUGCUCAUCGACUCAACAAAGAAUUGGACAUCGUCCGAGAUCAGAGGAAUAAACUGGAGAGGAGGAAGAAAGCCUCUGCAUGGGAAAAGAACCUGCUCUACCCCAUUGUGAUGUUAAUACUACUCACAGGGACGACCAUCUCAGUCCUACUGGUGGCGCUGAAUAUCCUCUAUCUGCUGGUGGAUGAGACUGCCAUGCCAAAGGGAUCAGAGGAUCGGGGGCUUGGGAACACCUCGCUGUCCACGUUUGGACUGGUCCAGGCUGUCGUCGACAUCAUCCUCAUGUUCUACUUGAUGGUGUCCUCAGUUGUCGGCUUCUACAGCUUGCGAGUGUUUGAAGGCCUCACUCCCAGGAAAGACGACACGACCAUGACAACGAUCAUUGGUUGCUGUGUGUCCAUCCUGGUGCUGAGUUCAGCCCUGCCAGUCAUGUCCAGAACACUUGGUAUCACCAGGUUUGACCUUCUCGGAGACUUCGGGAGAUUCAAUUGGCUGGGAAACUUCUAUAUCGUCCUAUCGUACAACUUGCUGUUUGCCGUGGUAACUACUCUCUGCCUAGUCCGGAAGUUUACCUCAGCGGUCCGAGAGGAACUCUUGAAAGCAUUGGGUCUGGAUAAAUUACAACUGUCAAACAGCCCCACAGACCCGGAGUCUGGGAAGCUCUCGGCCAACGGGCAUCAGAAGACUCUGUAAAAGAGACAACCGACACACACACACACCUAACGGCAGCCAAAGGGAGAUUUUGAUAGUACCGAACUCCACAGCAGAAGGUGAAAGGGAUUGAGUCUGUGGAAGCAACUUAGUAUACUCCCGCAGUGUCUGACGGGCUUUGCAAACUGAGAAGAAACUGCAAUUUAGCUUCGUGACAUUCCUUCCUCGUGGAUGGAUGGAUGCAGGACAGGGACUGAUUUGAGCCCUCUGACAGACUGCCGUCUUCACAACAGUGACCUUGAUGUUGACCUCAACAGUGACUGUGACCAUGGGCCAUAGCCGAUGUCUGGGGGACUUUCUUUUCCCUCAGCACCAACUUUCUUCUCUCUCUUUGUCUAUUCUUAUCUCAUUCUACCCUCUAACCGUUUUUGUGGAGCGCUCCCGUCCUGUAGGUUUUCACUCCAACUCUAAUCUAUCACACUUGAUUCUAAUAAUUAGCAGGUUGAUAAGCUGAAUCGGGUUAUUUACAACUGGGGUUGGAGCGAAAGGGUAGCUCUCCGGGAACAGGGUUGGAGCGCUCUGCUCUAACCAAUCUCAUUCUAACCUCUUGUGUUUCGCGCUUGCCUAAUCACUUCUUAUCUGUUAUUUUCUCCCCCAUAACCUAACCAUUGCACUAUGCCGUAUUGUCUUGGAAGAUGCAAUGUAACCUUUCGACUUGUGGCCAUUUUUACACUUACGUCUACACCCUGUUCUAUUUCCAACACAGUUUAAAAUACAUGUUAGUUAUAAAAUGCAGCUCAGGGUUAUUUGGAGAGAGAGAGACAAAAAAUGCCGCCUCACCAAAGUAUAAUGAGAAGACAAUUCCAUUUCAGAAUUAGAAAGUAAAUGUGAUGUGGCCGUGGGGGCAUUCACAAUAGAUUACCUGUAUUGUGGUGGUCUCCAACAGUCAUCUAUUUCAGUUUGUAUGUAAUGUAUGUUAUAUGGUGUGAAGUAUGGAUGGCUACUGGUUUAAUACGUGGACAUUUUUAUUUGUUAAUGUCAGAAGGUAAUGUGUGAAAGAUGACGCCAUUCUAUGAUAGACUUGCUUUGAAAGCACCUUGCAUGAAAAAUAAAUCAUACUUAUUUUUUUAUAUAUUUUUAACCUUUAUUUAACUAGGCAAGUCAGUUAAGAACAAAUUCUUAUUUUCAAUGACGGCCUAGGAACAGUGGGUUAACUGCCUGUUCAGGGGCAGAACGACAGAUUUGUACCUUGUCAGCUCGGGGGUUUGAACUUGCAACCUUCCGGUUACUAGUCCAACGCUCUAAACACUAGGCUACCCUGCCGCCCCGCCUCUUAGCCAUUUGACAUAUCACUCUUAGCCAUUUUACACGUCAUACCUAGUUGCUUUGCUUGCACCUCACAGGUGCCUGUGUAUUACCACUUCUUUGCCGGUACAUUUAGUACCCGUUCACCACAGUGACCACACCGGAGCUCCAUUGACACAGAAAGAAUGGGGAGGCACUGUGUAGCCGUGACUAGCCAAGCCUUCCAUCUUUCUGGUUGUCGCAGGCCAGUUGUGAAUGUGUAACAAUGUGCUCUUUUUUUAUUUCCCUUUACUCGUAGUCUGUCGGCCUACUGUGCUUUUUAAUUUCAUAAAAGAUGUAGUUAAUUAUUUUGUCUUGAUUUAAUGAAUGUUGUUUUUGGUGCUGUCGAUUUCGAUCACUCUAGAGAUGGGAAAAAUUGUCUUUUUUUGGUCCCAAAGAGCAAAGAUCGCAGCUUUCAGAGUUUGAUUCUGUGGGUGAAUGUCCUAAAAGGGUUGUGUGUUGGUUAACUUGAUCUCGAUCUCCCCAAAUAACUAUUAAGCUAUUUUAAAAUGUAUCUUAUUUCACCUGGCAUGAAGCUUUGUUGAACUUCUUCCUAUGGUAAAUGUUGUAUUUGUACAUACCAUUUAUGUUUCAUACCUCUCUUGCAUUAUUUGGAUGUAAAUAGUGGGCUGCCGUUAAGCCUCAAGUAUUUGUUGUAAAUAAGUCUACAGAAGCUCUUUUUGGACUGUGACGCUACUUGUCACUAGAAGCACCUUUUAUGCCUUAGCUAGGAGGAGGAAUUGACCACAGUAUUUAUAGGAGGCUCCUAUUUGUGUGUGUGCUCACGUGUAGGUAUGUUUGUUUUUAAAAAAGACAACUUUACUGUGAACACCUUGUCUCUGGAUAUCAAUUGCAAACCAGUUUGAACUUCUUCAUUGUCCUUUGCGGUGAAUGUAGUAUAUAAUCUCCCCUUAACUCAAAUAGCCAUAGUGGGCUUCCAAAAAUACGAAUUACCAGAUAACCUGAGCACUUGUGAAAAGGGAAGGUGAUGGGCCCCAAUAAUGAAUGUGUCAUAGACUGUUUUUAUGAUGUGUUUGAUGUGUUUUCAUUGUGACUUGUCAUGAUGCAAAUGGCAGGAGAUACGGUUAACGUAUUUGAUUAAAAUAUGCAUUCGAGACUUGUUUUUUACAGGGACUGUUUUAUUUUUAAAAAGGAAUGUAUAUUAUACAGUAACAGUGGAGGAAAUGUUAAAAGUAAGGAAAGCAGUAGCUAUUGUCUAUCACAAGGCUCACCUUAGGUUCUGGAGUUCGCAGUGCCAAGCCUUGUACUGUGUUCUGUCCCCUCAUUAAAAUGCAAGAUUAUGAGUGAUCCAAUUUCACAUCUCAGGUUGAUUUGGUAAUGCUGAUGAUAAAUGAUACUGUGAAAAUCCAGAAUUGAAAAAAAAAAAUCACUAACCAAAACCCAUUACUACUGUGGCUAAUAAUGUCUGGUUUGUGUUUCCUUGAUGACUGUGACCCCCUUUGUUCCUCUCACCCUCAACUAUCAGUUUUAUUAAUUUAAUAAAUAUAUUUUUAUUGCUAUUUCAGACUAUGUUUAUGCUGCAUGUAUUAUUGGUUGAAGAAGUACACCAGUGAUCACAAUCUAUUACAAUCUGACUUUUCCAUUUAGUUUCUGUGGAGGACACAGUCGAGGCCCGUUCCAACCUAAGGGAACACUUUUGAUUGCCUUGCAGUUUUUUUUUCCACUCACAGAGGGUUUGAAAUGUUGAGGGGUGACCUGUACUGUCGGUGGAGUAGCUGCUAGUUUUGUCUGUCUGUUUGAUUUUCUGUGUCUGCAUGUAAUUUCCUGCCCAUUUAUGUGAAUGUAUAUAUUUUUUUUACCUUGUUCUUUUCUGAGUUGCUAUAUAUGUGUGUGUCUUGUUGUUUUACGAUGUUGGUUUGUUUACAAAUAAAACAAUGAAAAUCA